GGGGGGCGGAUCCGCGCGGUGUUUCAAAUCGACUGGAUGGGCGAGGAGCGGCUAUGCUCGUCGUCUGGUCAGCCUCGGGAACUGUUGGGGUCUGUGGGAACAGAACAGACUCUUGAACAGUCAGAUGGCUUCUCGGUGGCCAGCUGUGGGGGCUUCCCUGCGUCGGAGGUCUCUCCAGAACCAGGAGCAGUUGGAGGAGAGCGAGGCCCUGCAGCCUGUAGCCGGCCACCCAGACACCUCCAGCGGGGCCCUGGGCUCCCUGUGCAGACAGUUCCAGAGACGGCUGCCCCUGAGAACAGUCAGCCUCAACCUCGGGGUGGGACCCUCCUGGAAACGCCUGGAAACCCCAGAGCCAGGGCAGCAGGGCCUCCAGGCUGCAGCUCGCUCAGCUAAGAGCACCUUGGGUGCCAUGUCCCAGAGGAUCCAGGAGUCCUGCCAAAGUGGCACCAAGUGGCUGGUGGAAACCCAGGUGAAAGCCAGGAGGAGGAAGAGAGGGGCCCAGAAGGGCAGUAGCCCCCCAGCUUGCAGCCUGAGCCAGAGGAGCACCCGGCUAUCUGUGGCCGCCCCUGCCCACUCAACCCUGGACCCCUGGGAGAAAGAGUACCACCGCCUCUCUGUCCAGAUGAGCUCCCGUGCCCACCCUUGGCGACGGUCCAGAAGGGAGGCUGCCUUCCGGAGCCCCUACUCCUCGGCAGAGCCCCUCUGCUCCCCUAGUGAGUCCGACAGUGACCUGGAGCCUGUGGGGGCAGGAAUCCGGCAUCUCCAGAAGGUGUCCCAAGAGCUAGAGGAGGCCAUCGUAGCGGAGGACAGUGGCGACAUGACUGUUUCUCUCAUCCGAGACUGAGGACAGCACCCUUCAGGAAGCAAGCCACAGCUGACCACCAUGCCCUCACACUCAGGAUCCACACCUCCCGGGAGUUCCUGGAGGACCCAGGAGCUGGCGGUGCCCCUGAGCUGCCACAAACAAGGACCUGACUCACAAAGCCCCAGGUGGGGGCUGCUUGGGGUCCUCUGCUUUCCUGCUUCAGCCACCUCCCGGCCCACCAGGGACCACCUGCCACAGCCUGCAAGCGACUCAGGGAGAUCUCAGAGGGGUGGGGGGAACCAUUCAUUCUACUUCCCUUUGGGGCUUAGGAACUCAACCCACGUAUGAGCUUUACCGUUGCUUCGUUUGUAACAUGAAGUGCAGAUGGCAGGUAAUAUUUGAGAGCCUGAGCUAUGUAUCCAGGAGUGGGGUCUACAAAGAGUCAGACCAUAUUAUCACCAGUGCGGGGGCUCUUGAGAACCCAGAUUUAGCCCUACUUCCCACACAAGAACCCCGGAAGGAGGGGUGGGAGAGGUUUCCAGGCCCCAAGACCCUGGGUCCACAGGGACCUAUUCUCAUUCUCAGCACAGGGCACUGUGGGCAUAGAGGGCACACACUAUUCAGUAGCGAUUUCUGCCCUUUGUAAAUUAUUUAAGAAAUCUGCUUUGUCAUUUUAUUAGAAAGAAGCCAGCGUGUGACUUUCCUGGAUAACACUGGUUUUUCGUAAUAAAGACUCUUUCUGUAGCGGCA